AUGCCCGCUAUAUGGGCUGGUGGUUGCUGGUGGGCGGUGGUGGGCGUCGAGCCCACCGAUGGAUUCCAACGCCUCGCAUGUCUACCUAAAGCUAAAAACCAGAAGUUUCCUGCGGAUAGCUACAGAAGCGGAGCUCAGAAUUCGGUGACAACUAAACCCUUCACCGUCUCCACUGGCCACACGACAAGUGAAAGAAACAGCACCGACAGAAAAACGAAAAGUUCUUCGGAGCUUUCGAAACAUGAUGAAAAACGUGCCAACACGAAAUUCAGCUCUCUCAAUAAAUCAGAAAAAAAACAACCAAGAGCAACUUCUCGAUUGGACUUACGUCUAAUGGAUAUAAAGAGGGAGAAAUGCGACGAAAAUAUCGAGUCCAAGGAGCCAGGAGACAAAAAUUUCACAGAGAAUAUUAGGACCUGGGGGAGGGGAGGAAUUGCUGGGCGGCGGCGUGGAUCCUAUAUGCUUUAG